AUGUCUCCUUCAGCACUCCACGACACGUUGAGCGCAGUCUCAAUUGAUUUCGAAUCCAAAGAUGAACUGGACCACUUCAUCUCCAUCAUCGUCACUGCAUUCAGUACGACACCUCUCACGACAGCAUUCAUCGUCCAACAUGAUUCCACACCGCCUCCAUAUCCAUCCCCACUGAUCGACUAUGCUCGGCGGCAUAAGCACUUCGCUCAAGGCAUCAUUGACAGUGCUGAAUCUGGUGCGGAAAUCGUUCAAGCUGGAGAUUGGUCGGCUGUUGCUCUCUGGGAAGCUCCAGACUUCAAAGGCAAAGCAUUCAUCGACUCCAAAGCAAAGCCCGGUCCACUGCUGGGUGAAUGGAGGGGUAAAGUCAUGGACGCCAAAAAGAAGUAUUUGGCCUCACCAACUGACCCGGAUCAAAUCCGACCGUUCUAUCAUUUCUCAUUCUUGGCUCGCAAUACCACCGUUCCCAAGGUCACGGGGUCGAUAGCAGCUGUCAUUGAGCCGUUUCUUCAACGUGCAAGAGAUGAAAUGGUCCCGGCCUGGGUGGAAGCCACCACCAAGCAGGCCGCCGGUAUCUACACCUUCUACGGAUUUCGGCUGGUGGAGGAAAUUACGAUUGGAAAGGGCCAAGUCGAUGCCGCGGGCUGGCCGCUGGAGGGUGGGGAGGGUGUUACGGCGUAUGCUCUUAUUUAUGAUGGCCAUUUGCAAAAAUGA